UCCACUUAGUAUGCACUGAGCAGCACCAGGGGUUUCCUGGCUGAAUAGAUGGAUGGCUGGAUGGUGUGCUUGUUCUGCUGUUGCGUGUUCCAGUGCAGAGCAGCCUGCCUUCUGCACAUGUCGAGGUUUCACCAAGGAGUUUCCGUAAGAGAUGGAGCCAUCCAAAGGGAGACCACUGCCGUGUGAUUGGCUAGUUAGCUUUUAAAGGCUACCAAUCAGACACUGUCUUUGCUCUGCGAGACUGUGUGUGUUUCCCCUCUCCUCUCUGAACACAUCGUGUCAGCUUGCGCAUAUUUUUAUGUUUGCGGUGCUGCAUACAUGUAUGAGGGUGUGUGCGCGCGUGUUGCUGAAAAUCUGGAAACAGAAAAGGAGGCAAGGAGAGAGAUGCUGAAGAAACUGAGGCAAAUUUAAAGGAGGAUACAAAGAGCAGGGAGGAAGAGGCAGUGAGUAAUGGACAGAUGUUAGAGGGAGAGGGACGGCAGAUCGCACUGUGAGCACGGAUCAACGAAGAGAGUGAGGAGAAGGAGAAGUGGGGAGGAGGAGACUGAAGGAAGCAGCAGCAUCACUGAUUAUCACAGGCAGCCAUCCUCUGUUGCCGUGACGAUGGGCUGCUGGCUCUCUGGACCAUGGAUGGGCGACCCAACGAUAACUGGCCGAAGCGUUGCACACCUGAGCCAGAGAGAUGCUUUGCGAAUCCUGGCAGCCAGUCAACAUCCAAUCACCGUGCAGAUCAAGGGUCAGAGAGGGCGGAGCACCGAGGUGGACAGGGGAACCUGGGAGCCCCUCCCUCUCAAUCUGCAGCACCUCAAUCUGCCUCAUUCAGUAAUUGGGCCAGAGCUUAAUGCAACAAGCCCCUCCUUUCAGGACAGACGUUACUACAACCACCUGGCUCUGCCACAAGAUCACUGCGAUGGAGGACGGUACAGCUAUCUGUCCAACUCCUUGGGGGACACAGUGGACAUCAAUCAUCAGGACCCUGAGCGGAGCAGUUGUCAGCCAAAAGAGCAGAAUUGUCUGAUGGCAUGUUGCAACACCAGCUCAGGAGAACGAAAUCGCCGCCACAGUCAGACUGACGAUGAGGACUUCAUGUUGGAGAAGCCUCUGGGCUUCCUGCCUCUCCACCAUGAGCUGGACAGUGGUCUGGGCUGGACUGACGGCUCCAUACACCAGGGAGAUCUCUCAGGACUGGAGACUGAGGAGGGAGGCCUGGAGGAAUGCCACUCACACGGAGCCUUGGCUCCAGGGAUUUGUGGGGGCUUCGGAGGUGGCGGCUCUCCCUCCUCGGAGUCCUUCAUUUCCUCUGAGCUUAGCGACUCUGGUUUCUACAGUGUCAGCACAGGAGAAUUCAGGCACUUCCAGAGGCUCCUGGAGAAGCGAAUGCGUCUGUACAAUGCCAGGCUGCAGCAUCAGAACGAAGGCUGUGAGAGGAGGGAGCGGCGCGACAGUUGCCCUAAAAGCCACCGGGAGCUGUUGGAGGCCAUUCCUGAGGCACUGACCAUGCAGCCACAGAGGCAACGCCUCCAGCUUGGGCUGGAGGAGGCCACUGGAGCAGUCUUGGACGUCCCACCUCGCGGACUUUUCAGGGUCUCGUCUGUGCAGUUCAACAAAGCCGACCGCCCUUGUCUGAACCGGCACAGCUCCAGCAGCGGGGCUCUCUUCAAUCCAUCUCAUGCCCACGCCGCAGUCUCACGGAUGACUGCCCCCAUCCUCUCCACCUGCAGCACUCCCUCCAGCCACAGGAGGCCACUAGUGCCCAUGCAGCACCACCAUCAGGUCUCCAGCUCAGUGGGAAUGCUGAGGAGAAGCAGAACCCUUCACCACCGUCCUCCCCCGCAAGAGUACCGCCGCAGGGCCAGUCACCCGGCAUCUCCAUCCUACUGUGCAGCCACCAUGCACCACUGCGUAGCUGCCACACCGCAUAAUGUCUGUCCACCAGGUCUGCCAGAAGACGGUGAACUCAUGACCGGAGUGGUGCCCUCGCACUCGGUGGCCCUGUCCGUCUCACCCCAGCAACAUUCCACCACUCUGGGUCACAUGAGGCCAGCUGAGACACACGAGCGAUGCUACGACAGCAACGCCAACGGUCAGAUGACACAUUACGAUUGCUGGCACUCACAAGAAAGAGUCUUGAUGGCAGAGCCAGCGCUGACAGAAAGAGACAGAGAAAUAGAACGAGAAAUGGAGCAACAGAGGCAAAUGCAAAAGGAGAUGGAACUGAAGAGGGAGAGGGAGAGGGAGGCACAGAUUCAGGAGGAGCUGGACAGAGAAAGGCAACGGGAGAUGGAGAGGAAGCGGAUCAGAGAGCGGCAGCAGCGCCUCCAGAGUAUGGCUCACUCUUCUCAGUCUGGAGACGUUAAUGACACGUGGCCCAAACCAGCCAGUCGGCAGUCCCAGGGAGGUGGAGGUGCCAGAGGACUUUACAGCACCCUGGAAGGCCACAUAGGUUCAGGUUCCAGUGCUGCUGUUACAGCUCCCUCUGGCUGGGAUGCUAAGACGUGUAGCAUUAAUGCUGGAUUAAACCCUAAUCCCAGUGCCGGGCCGCAACUGAAACCUAACCUGAGCUCCAAAACCAUCACAAACACCCGGGUCUCUAGGAAUCAGCUGCUGAGAGACCGGGCGUCCCAGCUGGCCGACGAACGCAGUGGCAUGAGCACCGAUGAGGAAACCAACACUGACAUGCUGCUGGGCCGCUACUGGAGCAGGACAGAGAGGAGGGAACACUUUCUUUUGGCACGUGAGCAGAAGCAGCAGCAGCUGCUGGCCAGAGCGGGGGUCCUACGAGAUGUCGCCAGCAGAACAGGAGCCGCAGCAGGGGGCGCAGGAGGAGGCGCCGCUCUCGGAGACGGAGGCGCUCAGGAGAGCAGAGGUGUUGGACCUUUUGCAGAAGGACGUUGCAACACUGUCCUAGAGAUGAGUCAGAAGAAACUGAGUCGUCUGAGAAACAGGAAGCUCUUGGACGACUGGACCACAGUAGAGGAGCUGCUGACCCACGGGACCAGGUUGGACAGCCACGAGGACACCAUGUGUCCGAGCUCUCUGCUGACAGUCACCACGGUCUAACUGCAUUUACGCCACGUUUAACUGUGUAUGAGUGUGAGUGUGAGCAAUGUCGGGCGUGAUUGAAGGCAUUUUGGAAACCUCACUGUUCUGUCUUCUCCCAGAGUUAGAAGACAAGAUGAGCAUCACCCUUGGAUGGUUUCAUCAUUUCAUUUGUCACAAUUUAGCAGAUAAUUGUGAAGUAUCGCAACACAACAUGUAUCAGUUCAUCUGCCAGCUGAUGUACUGGUACAAAAAGAUAUUGGAAGCUUUGUUGCUCCAGAUGGAGGCAGUCUAGCGAGUCCUCGUAUUCUUCCUGUGUCCAAGUUGAGUUAGAAAGGUUUGUGCUGAACACCUUUUUUUUCAACAAAGGCUUUAAUAAUCAAAGAGAGCUGAGAAUAUCCAGGCACUGUGUGCAUUUGGUGACAGAUUGAUGCACAGAUAGGCGGUGAAUAAUGGGCAGACGUCACGGUAAAAUCUGAACAAACGCAUGAGCAGGCAGCACAGAUGACACUGUCCUGACCUGCUCCACUGUCUGCCUUUGUGCUAGGACUCCAUGACACACACAAAAUCCGACCCGACGCUCAGUUCUGACACUGAUGCUCAUCCUCUCCUAUGACUCUGGACGAUGGAGAACCAAAGGGUUUCAUGAGAAAUGUCACUAAAUGGAUGUGUGUGUGUGAAUCUCCCUGUACGUCACUCAACUGUUUUUGCAACGUAUGACUGCGUCACCGUUGUACAGCGCCAACUGACCCUGCGACAAAUUGUGCGUGUGCAUGACGCCCGUAACAACAAACAACUGACAAACAGCAAAAGAGUGGACCGUCAGUGUGGACACGUCAUGCAACACUUUUUGUUUGGCAGCAUUUUUUUUAACGAAAAUUUUAAAAAUAUUUUUAAUUUUAGAUUGAUUCACUCAAACAGAUCCUGGGUCUCUGGGGGAGCAGUACUGUACCCUGAUAGUCACGUCAGGGCCACUGAACACACUGACUGAGUGAGACUUGACACCAAAUCCUGAUUGUUUUCAUAGAAAAUCAACCAUCGAUACAUUUUUUUCUUUUGGUUGUUCUUAUAAAAGAACAAUCUAGAAGAAAGAACACGUCCAACACUGCGUAAACUGUGAUUGAUCAGCAUCAUGUACAGCAUGUGUGGGAACGGACGUCAGUUACAACACAGUAUGACAUUAGCUGCUGCAGCGGUGGUUUAUGCUGCAUUCACUGACCAUUAUUUUGAACCUUUUCGCAUAUUAAAACAUAGAUUUAAACAGACAUAUUACAACAGUCACUGUCAAGUGUGGGAGCUAUUGACCAAAAUACAGGCUGUUUGGAAUACCAGUGUUUUCAUAUUAGUGAGGCCUUGCUCCAAAAGUGCUUUAUGGGAAAAACAUGGUGGAUAGGAUUUUUAAUGUCUUUCAGUUUGGAUGGAGGGUUGUGUCAGAGGUGACGUGAAGAUUAAUAAGACACUAGUGAGGUCUGCUAUGGCGUUUGGUUUAGAGACCAAGAUGGUUUGGACAUGUGACAGUGGAGAUGUUGGAGCUGUUAGACAAGAAGUGAAAAAGUAUAAUAAGAAAAAUGGUAAUGACUAGAGAUGAUUGGUUUAACAGUAGAGGAGACAAGAGGUAGACAGAUGACCUGCUGUACUGACCCCUGGGUGAAGCGCCCUAAAGAAGAAUGCCAGUUUGACUCAUCUCUGAAGCAGGAGACUUGAUGUGCAACACAUCAGAUGUUCCUGCAGGCUUUGCAUAAGUUCACUAUUAGCCUGAAUUUGACAUUUUAAAAUUUUAAAAAACCCUUAUAUUACACUUGGUCAAGGCUGGUUUCGUUUUAUGUUCCUAAAGUAUUAAAGGAAAAACAAUUUCCAAUGUGGUAUUUCUGCAUUUCAAGCUUUUGUUUGUACAACUGCACUGAUGUAAUAUACAAUGUCACCUCUAGAGGCCACUAAACCCCAUGCAAUCCCACGUUUUGAACAAGCAGCUCUUAGAAGAGCUUGACUUGUGAUGAACAGUUUGGACUCUUUGAGAACGUAUUCUACAGUGAGGACUGGCAGUUAUCAGGGAUGGCAAAUUUAGCUGGAACAACUUUAGGGAACACACACACACACACACACACACACACACUUCGAACCCUUGUGCCAGACUUUGGCUCACUAUGUUAUUACCACUGUUACAAAUGUUGCAACUUUUGAGCAUAGAAUUUACAGAAAUCCCACAAAAGUCCAAGUAUUUCAGCACAUUUAAUAACACUUUCUAGACUUUCUAGAAAUUCAAGACAUGAUUAAACACGAGGAACAACUGGUGUCGUUUCCUCCGAUUACUCAGACCAGGCUACUUCAUCUGUUCAUGUUGUAGGCUAGCUGACAACCAUUCUGUUGACGUGGUAUGAAUGCAGUAUAGGCUGGGUGUCCCUGCCAACCCACCGGUGUCUUAGCUGUUUACACGUUUACCUGCCCAGGUAACAACUCAUGCAUGUUUUACUGAGAGCUGCAGUAAUUCAUUCACUUCAAGUUGACGAUUUAAAAGGCUCAACACAGCAGCACAUGUCCUCUUUACAAUAGCUUGCGGCACGUGUGCGGACACAGCAGAUGGCGCUAAAGUCCAAUGUUAACAUUCCACUCUGAGAAAGUACGACACUGGUAAUCUUCGACUUUGCAGAUUCCAGGUCUUCGGUUUGGGAAAAUGUGCAAUAUUACCUCAAUCUAGUUUUCCAGGACAAUGACGAUGCGGUGUGUGAAAUUUGUCCGCUGUGGCAGUUCACCACCGGGCCACAGGUCGUGCUGUUACUUAAAUUUGCAAGAGUGAAGGUGAAACAGACAUCGACCUUAUGGUUUUCCAGACGAGACAGACCUAAGAAAAUAACUUUUUGCACAUAAUUUUUAUAGCUGCAGUUUUCCGUACCUGGGACUGAGGCCAGUAGAACGACUGUAGAUAUCGUGUUUAAGACAGUGUACAGUGACGUUACCUUAUUAACUAUCAUAGUGAUUUAUGAAGGAAAAACAAAUCAACACGUUUAUUGUCAUUGUGUUGGACAUAUAUUUCAAUAUUUUUCUCGUGGUGAUUAUUUAAAAAAAAUCCUUAAUAACAGUUUUUAAUUAUCUUUGAAAUCAGUCUAUUUUGUUUGCGGGAUUCUAAAAAACUUUACUUUGGCUGUUUUUUUUUUCCACACUUAGACACAAUUUGUGAAUAUUAUUGUCUGUUUCAAUGGGUAAAUUUGAAUUUUACUGUUGUUUUGUGUUAUUUAUGACAUGUAUAUAUUGGUUUUUAUGAAGGAAACGGUGCAGUUAAGAAUGAGCCGAGUCACAGGACAUCACACGUUUACGUCACAUGUCUGCGCACACGAGGAGUCAAAAAGUUCUCAGACAAAUACAAAGCCUCUUUUUCAACCCUCUUUUCAGAAAUCAAAACAAACCAAUUGAAACUUUAUUCCCCUCCUCAAUAAAUUUGAAGACUUGGUAAAGCACAUGCAUUAUUAAACUGCAAAUCAGCAUUGAUGAAACUUCCCUUUUUUAAAUAUAUAAUUCUAUUGUAAGUAUUAUUUAGAAAAAGGCAUACAUUCUUAAAAAUGUGGAAGAACAGAAAUGGUACAGGUAAAAUUGGAAAAAAGCAAAAUUCUGCAAAAACACAAAAAUCAAAUAAAGCUGCAUCUUUUUUUUUCAUUAUACUUCACUGUCUGUGACAUGGUGACUACAGAUACUGUAUCUUAUUUAUGCUUUAGUGUCAUUUUAAUUUUAUUUUUCUGAAAUCUUCCCACAAGUUUUUCCCACCUCAGGGGCUCGUCUGAUUGGCUUAGCUCUGGUAUGGUGAACAUUCUCCACCUGUGAUCAGGAAUUUGGCAUUUUAUAUUAAUUUAAAUGUGGAUUUACCUUUUUAUUUUAUUUUUAAUAAAUGCACUCAAAUCCACACCUAAAAAUCCACCUAAAAAAGACCUUGGUAAUGUUCAGACAUUUUAAACCCAGUGACGUUAAAGUUUUCCUUUUCUCUUUGCUGUGACUCACACAAUCUGAAUAAUGAAUGAUGGAGAUGUUUUUUUUUCCCUCCUCCCACCUCCCUCCUUCCUCUCAAUCUCUUUCGCCUUCACUACACAAGAACACGGAGUGCUGAAAAUAGCACUGCUGUCCUCGUGUGAUGUGAAAUUAAAAGCACACUGAAGCGGGAGAAGCUUGCUGCCGGAGAACUCACUGCACUUGUUUUAACUCCAUCUGACAGUCAUUGCCCCCCCCCC